ACCCAUUGCUAUAUGUUGCACAGUUGCACCAGUUCAGCCAGUGCAGCUAAAAGAAACAGACGGAGACGGCAUGUUUUUCAAUGUGCACGUUGUGCAUCCAGCUUUUAAACAAUUGUAAUUAUAUACAUAUCAUCAAAGCUGUAUUUUGGUGAUAAUAAAGUCUACGUUUGUCGUUUGAGAGAAUCAGAUUCCUUAUAUUGUUUAAAAAGUUUAAAAAGUUGCAAAAAUAUUACAAUAAGAACCAUGAGUUGUCAGAAAGGAAACGCUAGUCGUUCGAGGCCUCAAAGAUACCAAAAUCACACGUCCUUUAAAAACAAUCUACAUGACAACUCUCAAAAAACAAAGCUAAUUAACAGCAUUGAAGUUAAUAAUGUAUGCGAGCGUUGUAAAAGAAUAAUAGAGUGGAAAAUCAAAUAUAAGAAAUAUAAAGCGCUUAAAGCUCCAAUGAAGUGUACCAAGUGUGAGCAGAAAACUGUGAAACAUUCUUAUCAUAAUAUCUGCUUGCUUUGCGCUAAGCAGCAAGGAGUUUGCCCGAAAUGUGGACAGAAGAAGGAAAUUGUAGAAGGGAAACCUAGUAAAGAAGAACAAAUUAAACUAGAUGCUGAGUUUAAAACAAUUCUGAAAACGAUGUCAGAACGAAAACGAAGAACAUUCUUACGUUAUAUCAGUCAAUCGACAAAAAAUAAGGAAAAUAGUAAAUCUCGUACCCCUGGAUUUGACACCGAUACAGAUGGAAUUGACAGCAAAGAUGGAAAUGAAGAUGAAACAAGUUCGAAGAGAAGAGAAGAUUUAUUAAUGAAACUAAAAUCGUUAGCUGUAGAAGACGAUGAUGACAUUGAUAGUGAUACUGAUGAUGUUAACAGUGAUGUUGAAGAUUUGUCGUGAUACAAAAAUAUUCUAAAUAAAGAGUUUUUAAAAUAUAA